GGGGGCGGGACGCGGCCGGGACGCGGCACCGAGACGGCGGCCACGAUGGAAGGUUGAAAUUUUCUGGAAUUCUCUGUGAAACAUUGCAGCCGUGGGUGGGAUCAAGGAGGACACUUCAUGGCCCAGGAUCUAGAAAUGGAGCUCGUAUCGUUUGAAGACGUGGCUGUGGAAUUCUCUUGCCAGGAGUGGCUGUACUUGGGUGCGGCUCAGCGAGCCCUGUACAGGGAUGUGAUGCUGGAGAACUAUAGCAGCCUCGUGUGCUUGGGACAGUGUAUGACCAAACCAGAGCUGAUCUUCAAGUUGGAGCAGGGAUUAUCACCAUGGAGUGUAACAGAAGGGUCAGUUCAGAGGCUUCCAGCAGAAUUAAAAGAGGAACAGCAAAUCCACUGGAAUAAGCAUUAUGAACAUAACCACUGCCAGAAAUCCUUCUGUCAACAGUCACUCCUCACUCAGCCCCAGAGUAAUACAUGUGUGACUAUGGACUAUACCAGUAAGAAGAAACACCAGCUUUAUAAAUGUGGGGAACAUGUCCCCACGUCACAGCUCACUGUGUGUCAGAGAGCCCAAACAGAUAAUAAGCCUUAUGACUGUGGGAAAGAUUUUCCCAGCAAGUCACAACUAAGUCAGCAUCAGCAAACUCAUACAGUUAAAAACCAGUACGAAUGUAGUGAAUGUGGGAAAGCUUAUUCCAGAAAGUCUCGCCUGAAUCAACAUCAGAGAACCCACAGAGGUAAGAAGCCAUUUGAAUGUGCUGAAUGUGGUAAAACUUUGUCGAGAAAGUCAAGUCUCACUCAGCAUGAGAAAACUCAUACUGAGAAGCCAUAUGCAUGCAUUUAUUGUGGGAAUCUUUUUCGUGCCAAAAAACAGCUUGCUGCACAUCUGAGAACACAUACGGGUGAAAAACCUUACAGAUGUAAUGAAUGUGCAAAAGCUUUUCCCAGCUGGUCAUCACUCACUGUGCAUCAGAGAUCCCACACUGGAGACAAGCCGUAUGAAUGCGGUCAGUGUGGGAAAGCUUAUUCCACAAAGUCACAGCUCACUGUGCAUCACAGGAUCCAUACAGGUGAGAGGCCAUAUGGAUGUCAUGAUUGCGGGAAAGCUUUCAGAAGCAAGUCACAACUCACUGAGCACCAGAGAACUCAUAGGGCUUCAAAAUGCAGUGAGUGUGGGAAAGCUUUCGCCAACAAAUCACAACUCAGGCAGCAUCAGAGAACCCACAGAGGUUUGAAGCCAUAUGAAUGUCACGAAUGUGGGAAAGCUUUUGCUUAUAAGUCAUAUUUCACUAUCCACCAGAGGAUGCAUACAGGUAAAAAGCCAAAUGAGUGCAAUGAGUGUGGGAAAGCUUUUGCCAGCAAGUCAAAACUCACAGUGCAUCAGAGAACCCACACAGGCUUGAAGCUCUAUCAGUGCAAUGAAUGUGGGAAAGCUUUUACCAGCAAGUCACAACUCACAGUGCAUCAGAGGAUCCACACAGGCUUGAAGCUCUAUCAGUGCAAUGAAUGUGGGAAAGCUUUUACCACCAUGUCACCAUUCACUGUGCAUAAGAGAGUUCAUACAGGAGAGAAGCCAUAUAAGUGUGAUCAGUGUGGAAAAGCUUUUGCCACCAAAUCACAUCUCACUGUGCAUCAGAGAAUACAUUCAGGGGAGAGGCCGUAUAAAUGUAAUGAAUGUGGAAAAGCUUUUUCCAGCAAAUGUCACCUCAAUGUUCAUAAGAAAAUACAUACAGGUUUCAAGCCACAUAAAUGUGAAUGUGGGAAAGCUUUCUACAUCAAGUCCCACCUCACUGAGCACCAGAAAAUCCAUACAGGUGACAAGUGUCAUAAAUGUAGUCAAUGUGGGAAAGCUUUCUACUUCAAGUCCUCUCUUACUGAGCAUCAGAAGAUUCAUACGGGCGAGAAGCCAUGUGUGUGCAGUCAAUGUGGAAAAGCUUUUCUCAGAAAGACAUAUCUCACUAAGCAUCAGUUAAUUCAUGAAAAGCCACAUAAAUGCAAUCUGUGUGGAAAAGCUUUUGCUAGAAAGCCACGACUCGCUGUGCAUGAGAAAAUUCACACUGGUGAUAGGCCGUACAAAUGCAACGACUGUGGAAAAGCUUUUUCUAUAAAGACACGACUCACUAGGCAUCAGAAAAUGCAUACAGGUUAAAAGCCAUAUGAAUGCAACGAAUGUGGGCAAGUUUUUUUCAGAAAGGACGUUCUUAUUCAGCAUCAGGAAACUCAUAUAUUUAAAACCAGCUGGAAAUUAUUGGAUUGGUAAAUUGUCCCAACAGGUCACAACUUGCUUUUCAUCAUAGAUCCUGUAGCUGUGAGACCAUUCACAUAAGGAAUGUGGCAAAGCUUUCUUGAAACCCCCACUAGUCACUGUGCAUCAGAAUACCCAUCCAUGUUGAGUCAUGAGUAUAAUAAAGGUUGCUGGAAUUUACAGCUUACUGUGCA